UUGUAAAUUGGGUGAAAAAAUUAAUUUAUUGGUCUACAAAUUACACUCAUAUUAUUGCCUGCAAAUUAUAAUUAUGGAGAAUGAAAACAAGAAGAGGUUGGCAGUUUUGGUGGGCUGCAAUUACCCAAACACCAGAAAUGAGCUGCAUGGUUGCAUAAAUGAUGUGGCGGCCAUGAGAGGCACACUUGUGAAUCGCUUCGAGUUUGAUCCAGGAAACAUUCAGCUGCUGACUGAUGCUGCAGCUGCAGGUUCUUCUUCCUCAGUCAUGCCCACAGGUGCAAAUAUUAAGAAGGCACUUGGUGCAAUGGUUGAUCAAGCUAAGCCAGGUGAUGUCUUGUAUUUUCACUAUAGUGGCCAUGGAACAAGGAUCCCUUCAUUGAAGCCAGGCAACCCCUUCAGGCAGGAUGAGGCUAUUGUGCCUUGUGAUUUCAAUCUCAUCACUGAUGUGGAUUUCAGACAACUAGUAAACCGCUUGCCAAAGGGAGCAAGCUUUACAAUCCUGUCAGACUCAUGCCACAGUGGAGGGCUCAUUGACAAGGAGAAAGAGCAGAUUGGACCUUCUCAUGUCACUGAAAUUAGUAACACAUCCCCAUCAGUUUCCUCUAAGCCUAAGGGCAUUCCUUUUGAGUCCAUAUUACACCACCUCGCAUCAUUGACAGGCAUAAACACAUCUGACAUUGCAACCCACUUGUUAGAGUUGUUUGCAGCAGAUGCCAGCCUCAAGUUUCGUUUGCCUCCGUUCGAACUACUCAACAUGUUCGAGUCAUUGAACCCUGAUGAGGGAAUCUUACUAAGCGGGUGUCAAGCAAAUGAGACUUCUGCUGACAUGACGAACCCGGUCAUGACUAGAGGAAAGGCAUGUGGUGCUUUCAGCAAUGCAGUUCAAAUGGUGUUGAAGGAGCAUGAGGCUGACCUAAGCAAUAGACAGGUUGUGAUGCUUGCUAGACAAGUUUUGAGAGAACAAGGCUUUGAGCAGCACCCUUGUCUCUAUUGCAAUGAUGAGAAUGCUGAUGCAACUUUCUUAUGCGAAUCUCAUAUCAGCUCAAGUUUAUGAGAUAGUCUAAUAAGUAAUGUAAGACCAUAUCACUUGCUUAUUGUUUUCUUCGUGUAAAUAAAGAGGGCACUGAUAUUGCCACUUUCUUGUGGCAACCUCUCAGAGCUCAAGUUUAUUAGAAUCUGCCUAUUAUCUACUGUUUCUUUGUUCAGCUCAA